AUGAAAAAUCGUACUUCUGUGAAAGAAUUCAUUCUUCUAGGAUUAACAGAUGACCAAGAUUUAAAUAUAUUUAUUUUUAUAUUUUUAUUUUUUACAUAUAUACUGAGUGUAACUGGAAACAUGAUAAUCAUCACACUUACUCUGAUAGAUUCACAACUGAAAACUCCCAUGUAUUUCUUCCUUAGAAAUUUCUCUUUUCUGGAAAUUUCAUUUACAACAGUGUGUAUUCCUAGGUUUCUGGUCAGCAUUAUAACAGGGGAUAAAACUAUUUCAUACAAUUCUUGCUUGACUCAGGUUUUUUUCCUUUUACUCUUUGGUUCAACAGAAUUUUUUCUUUUGACUGUUAUGUCUUAUGAUCGUUAUGUAGCCAUCUGUAAACCUCUACAUUACACAACAAUAAUGAAUAACAGAGUUUGCAAACAGCUUGUAUUUAGUGCUUGGCUGGUUGGAUUUCUUAUUAUCUUUCCACCUGUAAUAAUGGGGCUUCAACUGGAUUUUUGUGACUCCAAUGUCAUUGAUCAUUUCACCUGUGACUCUUCUCCUAUGCUGAUGCUCUCCUGCACAGACACUGCAGUCCUGGAGCUCCUGGCAUUUUUCUUGGCAGUAUUCACACUCAUGGUAACAUUAGGAUUGGUGAUUCUUUCCUAUACAUUCAUUCUGAAAACGAUUCUUAAAAUUCCCUCUGCUGAGCAAAGGAAAAAGGCUUUCUCCACUUGUUCUUCACACAUGAUUGUUGUCUCCAUUUCUUAUGGAAGUUGCAUUUUCAUGUAUGUCAAAACCUCAGCAAAAGAAGGAGUGGCUUUGUCUAAGGGAAUAGCAGUGCUCAAUACCUCUGUUGCCCCUAUGCUAAAUCCUUUUAUUUACUCCCUAAGAAACCAGCAAGUCAAACAGUCAUUUACAAAAUUGGUCAACAAGUGCUUUACAAGUAAAAUGUAA